AUGGGCGACACCCCAGACCACGCCAACGGCGACACCGCCACCGAGCCCACGCUGGACAUUGACCGGCACCUCAAAUACUGGAAGAUGUGCCUGCAGGCGCCCCUACCCAACCACUACCUCUCCAACGAAGGCGUGCGCAUGACCCUCGCCUAUUUCAUCGUCAACUCCAUCCGCAUCCUCACUCCCACGCCCUCCCCAACAUCCACCACCCCGCCAAAACCUCCUCUCAUCCCACCCUCCGACCACCGCCGUCUUCGCCAAUGGGUCCUCUCCCACCAACAACCCGGCGGCGGAUUCGCCCCCUCCUCCACCCUCCUCUCCCCCCCAACCACAACCACCACAAACAACAGCAACCACACCAACCCCGACCCCGCCAACCCCUCCGCCACAACCGGCCUCGCCAACCUCCCCGCCACCCUCUUCGCCCUCCAACUCCUCGCCCUCUUAGCAGACGAGGGCGAAGAGGAGCGGGCGUUUGAGGGGGUGGACCGGGUGCAGACGCUGCGGUGGCUGCGGCGGCUGCAGCGGGCGGACGGGAGUUUUGGGGAGGCGGUGAGCUGGAUGCCGGGGGAGGAGGAGUGGUUUGUUGGGGGGGGAUAUGAUAUGCUGUAUUGUUAUAUUGCGGUGGCGGUGCGGUGGAUGUUGAGGGGGGAUGUUGGGGGUGGUGGGGAGGAUGAGGCGGGGGUGGGGGAUUUGGAUGUGGGGGCGUUGGAGAGGUAUAUUUUGGGGAGUCAGACUUACGACGGCGGCUUUGCGGGCAGCUCCAAGGAAGAGCCCCAUGCUGGCUACGCCUACUGCGCCAUCGCCGCCCUCUCCCUGCUCGACCGGCCCCUCACAAACAGCACCGCCCUCCACCCCAACAAAAUCCUGCACUCAGGCAUCCGCAACAUGCCCGCCCUCCUCCACUGGCUCGCCUCACGCCAGUUCGUAUACCUCGAAGCCCCACCCCCCAACCCCGACGACGACAACUUCGACGACUCCGAAGACGAAGACAACUUCCGCCUCCCUGUCCCGCCUCGCCGACCUCUCCCUCGCUCCGCCAACCACCACCCACGUCGCGUGCAACGGCCGCUGCAACAAGUGCUCUGGCGGUUGCCGGUUCGCGACGGUCAGGGUGAUUGA